GGUCACUGAAAACAUCUGUGUCAGGGAGGUCCACUGGAUGACUCUUGAGCUACGUAUAGGACUGUCUCGAUUUAGAGGUGAAGACUGGAUAUUCAGCAGUGCAAAAAUAAAUGUUGGGUGCAUUUGUUUCCUGUUAACAUUUCAUGCAGUUCUUACUGCAACAAUGUGUUAGCAGCAAGCAGAGCGAGCAGCGAAGAGUGCUUUAUUCUGACUUUGAAGUGGAACACAAGAAGCCCUUCCACCUAUCAACGCUUGUUGCUUGCUAGCACCUUGUUAGCUCCAGCACCAAUUGUUUCCUAAUUAACCCACGUCACCUGGGAAACAAGAAAGAAAAUGCCACAUCUGGAUAACAUAAAUAGUUCAUCAAACUUCUCAUCAGACAGCAAUGUAACAUGCAGCAGCAUGCAACGAAAUGCAUACAGUAUUGCUUUGAUCACCAUAUACAGUGUUGUCCUUAUAGGAGGCAUCACAGGUGCAACACUCAUGAUCUGCAUCCUGAAAUCAAACAUAAAGUCUGUGACGAUAACUGCUGUCUUAAAUCUUAUUGCGAUACAUGUUGUCUUCCUCCUGACUGUGCCUUUUCGGCUGUAUUAUUAUGCCAGCGAUAAUUGGAGCUUGGGGCCAGGCUUCUGCAAGCUGGUCAGUGCUAUGAUCCAUGCACACAUGUACAUAGCUUUUGUCUUUUAUGUGACUAUUUUGGUAAUCAGGUACCUCACGUUUUUCCAGAAGACAGGCAGGGUAGAAUUCUACAGAAGACUACAUGCUCUGGGCUAUAGUGCAGCAGUGUGGGCAGUCAUGCUCAUUAUUGUUUUACCAGCCUAUAUUUCCCAGUAUGGAAAUUCCAAAUACUAUUGUAAUACAACAUGUUUCCACUUUCAGGGAGAGCUUGAGAAGUCAUCGGUGCGUAUCCUGAACUACACAAUGAUUGUCAUUAUGCUUACUACAGUCUCUAUAUUGUUCUGCUGCCAGCUGUACAUAUUAUGGAAAGUUGUAAGACAAUAUAGGGCUGCCUUGUUUGCUCACCAAGAGUUCUGGGCUCAGAUAAAAAGCCUGUCCUUUGUGUUAGUUAUGAUAAUCUGUUUUGUUCCAUACCACAUGUUUAGGAUCUACUAUUUACAACAUGUCAAAGAUAGCUCCUGUCUGUCCCAGCAAAAUGAGGUCUAUCUGGCCCUCACUGCUCUCAGCUGCUUUGAUCUGUUGACCUUUUUAGGAAGAGGCUCUUAUUUGUACUGCCCUGCUUCUUGCACUUCAGUAAAAAGCGUAUUUCCUUGCUGCUGAAUCCAUAUCCAAUCAAAUGUGGGUGAACCAUAGUAACAAGGUACCUAGGGUUCUGGCCUAACAUGGACCUUAGCAACACCUACAUAUGCUUUUGUUCACAAAAGUGGUCAGUGUCUGUUUCAAGGAAUGAACGUCGACAGCCCCAAUGCAGAAAGCAAUAUCAAACAGUCCUUGAGAACUACCAGCACUCAUGAGUCAGGGAGCCCUUUAGGUCAAACCUCUACUGUAGAGUUUGAACGAGUGGAGGAAAUACAACCUUUCCCCCACAAUAUUCAGUUAGUAAAGAAAAAAGACAAAAUGGUAAAAACAUUAGAAAUUAAUAGACAGCUGCCAUUACAAAGACAUGCUUACCAUAAGGUGAAAGAAAACUGCACAUAGGAGAUGUUCAAGUAUAACAUCAUCAAGCAAACCACAUAAGCAAAUCACCUCCAUGAGAACAUGCUAACUGGGGCUGGAAAAAUUCUAAUUUAGACCUCUUUGAUCUCACAGGAUUGUCCCCCUGCUGCUGUGAGGUACCUGGAGUUAUUUCAGAUGUAACACAUGCUACCUGAACACCUGCUCUAUCAUUAGCUUAAAACAUUCAAUUAUCUUUGUUUCCAGUAGGCACGCUAACAGUAUGUACCAAUAUACAAUAUUCUAUGGGUCGUCAGUCAGGAUGCUGGACAGCAUCCUGACUGACGACCCAGGGAUCAUAUACAGAACAUGUUUAUUAAUGUAAAUAAAUCACAUUAAAGUACACCCUUCUUUCAGUUGUUAUUUCUUAUUUUAAAAAAUGUACAUGCAUAAAGUGUUAAUUAAAAUAAACCAUGCAUCUUCUAUCUAAUUUUAUUUGUAAUGUUAUUUCUUUUGCUGUACAUAACGGUGUCAGGUUACAGGUCGGGAGGGAGAUUUAACACCAACACAGAUGUGUUUCUGAAUAAAAUCCAUACAGUACUGUAAUUUAACUUGAAUUGCUUAAAGAGCUUACAAAGUGCUAUAUACAUUGUAGCGAUCUCGGUUAACGCAGGCAGGCGCAUCACACAAGGCGAGGCAAUUCCCACACAGGCAGAGGGCGGGCGCGAACCCGGGACCUCUCGCACUAAAGCAUAGCGCAGAUACCGCUGUACAAAAGACGAAUUGCCUCGCUCUGUGAUGCGCCUGCCCACGUUAACCGAGAUUGCUACAUUGAUGGGAUGCAGGUACCUCGGCACACACUUGUUGGACUGAAAGAAGGGGAAAGAACAAAGAAAAGGAGCUAAAG